ACGGACACAAACAUUUCAAUUGGCAAGUGGAUGGCCAAGGUUAACCCUAAUUGAGUCCUGCAUGUUGCUAUUCCGUAAUUAUUCUGGGUUUAGCGCACACGGAGAGAUGCAAGAGAUUCUGCACGAAUGAAGCGGGAAACCGUUUUUCGAGCAAAUCUCCCAGGCGAUGAUCAUCCCGUCUACCUCUCCGGCUCAUUGAACCCCUGAAACGAUCACCAGAUCAACAAACCCGCGAAUCGUGCGCUAAAGAUAUGUUCCAUGCGGAAAGCCAGCCUCAGUUGGAUGUCAACCGCUAUUUCGUGAGGUGGUUUAUCAAAAGGUGUUACGGUUCUUCCGUCAAACGGAACUGUUUUGUAGUGAUCCAGCCAUGACGAGAUUAUGAAAGCCUGGCCAAAAUGAUUGUUCUACCUCAGUACCUGUUACCGUUUUUAGGCUGCCAACUGGCAAUUUGUGGUGCUCAAAAUGGGUUUUCGGGAUCCCAGGCGUUGCUUGGGAUUGGCGAUACUUUAGUAGGCCAACCCCUACGUACUUUAGUGGCAGGAGGCGUGGCAGGAACCAAUAUGGUGAACCAGGUCUUCUUGCGGACAACUAAUGCCUCCAAUCAAGCCUUCCUCAAUCAGAGAAAUCGAAGGAGUUGUCAGCUGAAUGCCGAUCUUCCCUUUCCCUGUGGUUUCUUAGAAAAAUCUUAUCCUCCUCCAAAGAGCGUCCACAAACUUCGUCCUGGCGAUAUUCAAGUGAUAGCUGGACUGGGAGAUUCCAUCUCAGCUGGCACAGGGGCCCUCUCAAAAACAAUUUUUGAAGUUGGUAGCGAAUUCCGAGGAGUGGCCUUCGCAGCAGGGGGUAUUGGCACUUGGAGACACUAUCUGACAAUCCCGAAUAUUCUGAAGCAAUUCAAUCCUUACUUAUAUGGAUUUUCCACCGGAAUCACCAAAGUGGGCCGACAAAGGCCAGAGGAUGAUAAGAAAGUGGCAUUCAACUUGGCAAUAUCGGGCUCUGAGAGCGACGACGUGAUAAAACAAGCCCAUCGGCUGGUGGAGAAAAUGUUCAAUGAUCCCAAAAUUAAUGCUCACAAGGAUUGGAAGAUGAUUACCAUAUUCAUCGGUCACAACGAUAUUUGCGGCCACGCUUGUGAAGGGUUCAAGUUCUACGAAGACAAAGAAGUCUCCUUCAAGAGCUUUCGGAGGAACAUGCAAAGGGUUCUAGAUAUUCUGCACAAGGAUCUACCCCGAACAUUUGUAAAUCUUAUCCCUGCCGGAAAUUUAGGGGAAUUCCUCGAUAUCGGAAGCAAGCCCUUAGCUUGCCAGGCUAUUCAUCAAUUCAUUUGCCCCUGUCUUUUCGACGACAAGUUUACUUCGACCUUGUCUCGUUUCCGACUCCGGACCUUCUUGCAGAGCUAUUUAUGGGCAAUUCAAGACCUCGUGUCCAGUGGCCGAUAUGAUACGAGGGAGGAUUUCACCGUGGUCAUUCAACCUGCCACUGUCAACGCCAAGAUUCCCCGAACGCGCAGAAACGAUGUGGACUUGAACUAUCUGGCUCCAGAUUGCUUUCAUUGGUCUCAGAAGCUUCAUUCAAAUGCCGCCCGGGCUCUGUGGAACAACCUUUUAGAACCAAUCGGAAUGAAGAGCACUGAUUUCGUGAAAGAUUCCGUAGCCUUUUUAUGUCCCACCGAGGAGUUCCCUUACUUGGCAACCUCCCAAAACAAUGCCUAUUCAGGAGGAUCAGAUGAAUCCCAUCCGGUGGAACAAUUGUCAAACGACUUUGUCGAGAUGAUGUCGCAACGUGAAAAUCAAAACAGAGCGGCCAGAUGCCCUUUGUACAGCAGAUGCCCUUUGUAG